AUGACCAUCAAAAGCACACUUCGUCCUGGAACUAUUUUGGGCACAGGACCAAUUUGCCGAUUUAUAAUGGAUGGAGUACUGGAAGGAUUGUUUUUAUCCCUUCUCUUUCCACAGUCAGUUGCUGCUCUGGAGCUGAAUGUUCCCUCAAGUCAUCGAGCUGGAAUGGGAUCUGACACCCUGAUUCCCUGCACGUUCACUGUGGAUAAACCUCCUGUGGAUCCCAGAUUCUUUGCCGUACAUUGGUACCAUCAGGGAAAGGAGAUCCUGAGUUAUGAUGAUAUUGUGACAUCUAACAAUCCUGCAUUUUCUGUAGAUACAACCAAAGCUCUAAAUGGGGACGCCUCUCUGUCUAUUUCUGGAGUAAGAGUAUCUGAUGUUGGAAUCUAUACGUGUUCCAUACUUUACAGUCCAGAAAGAAAGGAAAAGGAAGUUAGCUUCUUAGUUUACGCUCCUCCAGAGAUCACUAUCACCGGGAGAAUUGCUGUUAUAAAUAAGGAGAGUAUUCUGAGCAGCUCCAUCACCGGAUUCUACCCUGUGGACAUCGACAUUAAAUGGUCCAAGGAUGGGGAGAUCCUCAAUAAUUAUACCAUAUCAGUCCCUCAGAGGAAUCCAGAUGACACGUAUAGCGUGAACAGCACAGUAACCAUAAUACCCACCGAGGAGGACAAAAUCCGGACCUUCUCCUGCAGAGUCCAACAUGAAUCUCUCUCUGGAUUUCUUCACAAAAAUUUUCAACUGGAAUAUAAAAUGAAAGCUCCUCUGGAGGUCACUAUCACUGGGAGAAAAGCUGUUCUAAAUAAGGAGAGUAUUCUGAGCAGCUCCGUCACCGGAUUCUACCCUGUGGACAUCGACAUUAAAUGGUUCAGGAAUGGCGAGAUAUUAAAUAAUUAUACCAUAACCGUCCCUCAGAGGAAUCCUGACGGCACGUACAGUGUGAACACUACAGUAACCAUAAUACCCACCGAGGAGGACAAAGACCGUAACUUUUCCUGCAGGGUCCAACAUGAGUCUCUCUCUGAACCUCUAUACAAAUACUUCAAGCUGGAUUAUGGCAGUAAAGGACAAACAAACAACAACAACCCAUCCUCAGAUGAAAACAUACUCCUUUUGGGAUCUCGCCCACAUGUUGAAGAUAUCAUAGUAUCCGAUCAAUCACCUUGGUCCCAGAAGGUGAAGCUGGAGUGUAAGAUCUCGCGAUGCGAUAACCCGGAUAGUCUGACUGUGACCUGGUAUAAACAGGAGCGAGGGGAUCUCCAAGCAGUUACAUUACAUUCCAGUGAUAUUUAUGAGAUCCCGGACCUCAGACAUGAGAUACAGGAGGAUAACACGUACAGCUGUACAACAUGUCUGCUUAUCAGCCAAUCACUGAGCUCAGCGCAACCAAUAGAAUUCAUCUGCAGAGUGGAACAUCCCAGCCUGGAGCAACCGAUAGAGAGACGGAUUGAACAUGGGAAGGAGCUUUUCAUAGAAGUGGAAGAAAUAAUUGUACGAGAUGAAUUAUUUUGGAGCAAGACGGCCAAGCUACAGUGUAAAAUCUCUGGAUUGUACUCUGAGGAUCUGACUGUGACCUGGCUUAAACAGGAGAGUGGAAACGGGAGACAAGAAACUUUAUAUUCCCACCGAAACUACCAGAUCCCGAAUCUCGUAUAUGAGAAGCAGUCAGAUGGCAGAUACAGCUGUACAGCAUGUCUAGACUUCACUCCAUCAAAGGGCUCUGAGCAAAGAAUAGAAUUCAUCUGCAUAGUGAGACAUCCCAGCCUGGAGCUGCCAGUAGAGAGAAGGUCCGGACCAUUAGAAGUGAAGGAUAAACAUGCACAAACAGUUGCAGAAGAUACAGGAAUGAGGCCCUCAGAAUCAGCAAAAAUACCUCCAGCAGAAAAGAAAACAAAUGGAAAUGCUUACAGCACAGGGACCCGAUUUCCAGUAAGAAACAUAAAGAAAGAAAUAUUAGAGAAAUCACAAAAACAUACUACUGAAAACAAAUAUCAGAUAAAGACAGAUCACUAUACCUCAAGUGAGGUCUAGACAGAUCACAAUGAUUCUAAUCAAAUGAUGGUGGAUCAGGGAGAACAAAUAGAGAGAUGGUAGCGAAUGGAGUGGAGACACCUAAUGAACAUACCAAAACAGAUCCAGUACUGAAGUCCUUCGUAUGUUGGAGAAUCCCAACAACUAAAGAGAAAA